AUGAAGGUCAAGAAAAAAGGUGUAAUGUACUCAUCCUCAUCACCGUCUUCGUAUAAAGAUCCUCACACUGUGUUAAAGCUCCUACCUUUAACCAUACUAGCCUUAGCCUCAACUCUUCCUGCCCAAGACCAAGAAGUCAUAGCUUACAUGAUAACAAGGUCCAUUGCCACCCCAAAAAAUCCAUCUUCGGAGAAGAAUAAAUGCAAGAGAAAACCCAGUCAAAAGAACCCUCUUUUUGAAUGUGGGUGUUUCGGUUGUUACACUAGCUAUUGGUACAGAUGGGAUUCUUCUCCAAACAGAGACCUCAUUCACCAAGUCAUUGAAGCUUUUGAAGACCAUUUGGUGCAUAAAGAGUCUCCAAAGAAACAAAAUAAAGGUAAAAAGAAAGAUAAGCUAUUCUUGGAUCAGUUUGAGUCCAACAUAUCGUUUACUGUACCAAAGAAAGAGCUUGGAAACACUGAGAUAUCGAUGCCAGAUACUAAGAGUAGAUAUGCGGAGGAACAUAAUAAAGAACAUUGUGCAGAAGAAGAAGAGAGUAUGGUGGGUGCGGUGAACGGGAACAUGGAAAUGAAGGUGGUGACCGUACAAGUAGUACAAGUGCCAGUGAGUAGCCACAGGGGUUUGGCCAGGAAAGUUUUACCAGAUGUUGUAGGUUUACUGAACUCUUGUCUUUGGAAUCUUUGGAGUAGUGCGAGUAUCUAG